AUGUAUAUUAAGCAUUUUGUCAGUUCAAUUUCCUCUGUUCAUCUGGUUUUGCUUAUGCUUGAUGGGCAUAAAAGCCACAUAAACUAUACAAGUAUAAAAUAUUGUAGUAAGAAUGGGAUACUAUUAUAUGCAUUGUUACUACACAUUACACAUAUUCUUCAACCUUUUGAGAUUCCUUUUGCCAAACUAAAACUGGAAUAUGGCAAAAGUUGUGAUCAACUUUAUAAUAAUACAGGUGAAGUGAUAACUAAGCACAUGUUUGCAAGAGUUCUUAGUCUAUUAUUUAUAGUAACUUAUAUACCAAAAGCUAUUAGAAAGGCUUUUAGCAAUAUAAGCAUUUGGCUGUUUAAUUCUAAUGCUAUUAGUUUUGAUCAUCUUGAUCCUUCAUUAAUAACGGAACAUAUAGAUUCUAAUUCUUUAUCUUCAUCUUAUUUUUCUCAACUAAACUUUUUAUCUUCAUUUCAUUCUCUUCAACUGAAUUUCUUAUCUUUAUUACAUUCUUUUCAACAAAUUAAUGAAAAUUUAUCAAUCCUUGAAAUUAUAUUCUUUUCAAUAUCUCAUCAGUAUUCUAUUCAACAUGGAAUAAAUUCAUUAAAAACAGAUCUUAUGUUUCUUGAAAAAGAGAUUGAAAUAUUAAAAAAAAAAAAUAAGUUAUUGAAAAGAAAAUAUGAAACAAUAAAUAAAAAGCUGAAAACUUUUAAAAAUUCUGAUAUCUGUUUAUUAAAACUGGCACUUAAAUACCCUACUCCUUGUUUUUCUUUACAAACUAAUAAAUCAAAACCUAAUAAUAUCAAACCUCAUUCACAGCCUACAAAAAAAAGAAAAACAUUACUAUUUGCCAAACUUUUUAUCAAUGAGACCUCUUUGUGGGAGUUAAAUGAGGCAGAAGAACUAGUCAGAACAAAAGCUGAAAAUGUAAAAAGAAAAAAAGAUGCUGCUGGCUAG